AUGAGUUUAUUUUUGAUUGACGCUGUUCGACUAGAGUGGAUAUUCGAUUGGUUUUGGGACGUACUCGCAUCUUUAGGUUUGGCUAGCAAGAACGCCAAAAUCCUCUUCUUGGGUUUAGACAAUGCUGGAAAGACUACACUCUUACACAUGCUCAAGAACGACAGAUUGGCUACACUUCAACCUACACUGCAUCCAACUUCAGAAGAACUGGCUAUUGGCGCCGUUAAGUUCACGACCUACGACUUAGGAGGUCACCAGCAAGCGAGAAGAUUAUGGAAGGAUUACUUCCCAGAAGUUGACGGUGUUGUCUUCUUAGUUGACAGCCAAGAUGUUGAAAGAUUGAACGAAACAAGAAUUGAACUUGAUGCUUUGCUCUCUAUUGAGGAACUCUCGAAAGUGCCUUUCUUAGUUCUCGGUAACAAGAUUGACGCUCCAGGUGCCGUCUCCGAGGAAGAACUCCGUCAGGCUCUUGGUCUCUGGCAGACGACUGGUAAGGGCAAGGUUCCGCUCAAAGAUAUUCGUCCAAUUGAAGUUUUCAUGUGUUCUGUCGUUAUGCGUCAAGGAUACGGUGAAGGCUUCAGGUGGAUUUCUCAAUACAUGUAA